UUUCCAAUGCACGUACAGCCCGUACACACCGUGUCUGGGACACCCCACAGUCAGCCGCAUGGCUCCCCUGUGCCCCGGUCCCUGGCUCCCUCUGUUGAUCCCAGCCCCUUCUCUGGGCCCUAGUGUGCAACUGCUGCUGAUACUGCCACUCGUGGUGCCUGUCCAUCCCCAGAGCCUGUCCCGGAUACAGGGGACACCUGGGUUGGGAGGAGAUUCAUCUGGAGAGGAUGAUCAAUUGGAUGAGGAAAACCUACCCAGUGAAGAGGAUCCACAUGGAGAGGAGGACCUGCCUGGAGAGGAGGACCCACCUGGAGAGGAAGACCCACCUGUAGAGGAGGACCCAUCUGGAAUGAAGACUGAACCAGGAAAAGAGGACUCUCUGAAGUUAGAGGAUCUACCUACUGUUGAGGCGCCCAGGGACACCCCAGGCUCCCAGAAUAAUGCCCACAGGCACAACAAAGGGGAUGACCACAGUCAUUGGCGCUAUGGAGGAGACCCGCCCUGGCCCCAGGUGUCCCCAGCCUGCGCGGGCCGCUUCCAGUCGCCCGUAGAUAUCCGGCCCCAGCUCGCCGCCUUUUGCCCGGCGCUGCCACCGCUGGAGCUCCUGGGCUUUGAGCUCCCGCCACUCCCAGAACUGCGCCUGCGCAACAAUGGCCACACCGUGCAGCUGACCCUGCCUCCGGGGCUGGAGAUGGCCCUGGGCCCCGGGCGGGAGUACCGGGCCUUGCAGUUGCACCUGCACUGGGGGGCCGCGGGCCGCCCGGGCUCGGAGCACACGGUCGACGGCCACCGGUUCCCAGCCGAGAUCCACGUGGUUCACAUCAGCACUGCAUUUGCCAAAGUUGAGGAGGCCUUGGGACGCCCGGGGGGGCUGGCCGUGUUGGCCGCCUUUCUGCAGGAGGGUCCAGAAGAAAACAGUGCCUAUGAGCAGUUGCUGUCACAUUUGGAAGAAAUCACUGAAGAAGACUCAGAGACUUGGGUCCCAGGACUGGAUGUAUCCGCGCUGCUGCCCUCUGACCUCAGCCGCUACUUCCGCUAUGAGGGGUCUCUAACCACACCCCCCUGUGCCCAGGGGGUCAUCUGGACUGUGUUCAACCAGACAGUGAGGCUGAGUGCUAAGCAGCUCCAUACCCUCUCUGGCUCCCUGUGGGGACCUGAUGACUCUCGGCUACAGCUGAACUUCCGAGCCACACAGCCUUUGAAUGGGCGAAUAAUCGAGGCCUCCUUCCCUGCUCAAGUGGAGAGCAGCCCCAGGUCUUUUGAGCCAGUCCACCUGAAUUCCUGCCUUGGUGCUGGUGACAUCCUGGCCGUGGUUUUUGGCCUCCUCUUUGCUGUCACCAGCAUCGCCUUCAUCGUGCAAAUGAGAAAGCAGGGAAGACUCCGGAAUGGGACCAAAGGGAAUGUUAGCUAUCACCCAGCAGAGGUCACAGAGACUGUUGCCUAGAGGCCUUGGAACUUGGAGAAUGUGCAGAGAGAAGUCAACCAGAAGAAUCUGAGGGGGAGCUGGAGACUUUGUCCUUUCCUACCCUUUAUACCACUUCCUUUUUAAGGUUCAAAUAUUUUUUUUAAAAUAAAUGUUUCUAAUAAAAUAUAUGGAAGGCAGCUUUGUUCCCUAAAUCAGGAGGAUGGUGUAUUUAUUUCCUAUUGCUGCUGCCUUUAACAAAUUACCACAAACUGAAUGAUAAUGCAAAUUUAUCCUCUUAGAGUUCUGGAGGUCAGAAGUCCAAAAUGAAUCUUCUGGGCUGAAGUUAAGGUGUCAUAAGGGCUGGUUCCUUCUGGACACUUUGAAGGGAGGGGGUUUCCUUUUCCAGGUUCUAGAAGCCAAGCAUACCUUGGCCCCUUCCUCAGAUCACUCCAGUCUCCUGCUUCCAUCGUCAUGUCUUACAACUGCCUUGGGUCUUACCUCCCUCUUGUAAGAACCAUUGUGAUUACAUUUGGACCUGUCUAGAUAAUUUAGGAUACUCUCCCAAUUUCAAAAUCCUUAGGUCAAUCAUGAAAUUCCUUUUCCCACAGAAGGUAACAAUUCACAGGAUUAGGGUGUGAACAUCUUUGAUGGGGGGCAUUACUGCCUAGCACAGAUGGGAAGGGGGGCAUAAGUGACUUGGGGCCCCUGGGGUGGCUCAGUAGGUUAAGCAUCUGCCUUCAGCUCAGAUCAUGAUCCCAGGGUCCUGGGACGGAGCCCAGCUCAGCAGGGAUCUGCUUCUCCCUCUCCCUCUCGUUCUCUCUCAAGUAAAUAAAUAAAAAUCUUAAAAAAAAAAAAAAAAGUGACUGAGGUCAAAUGGCUGGGGGCAUCCACACAGCAGUCUGUCUCUGGGUAGGGCAGGCUUAGCCUCUAGGCUUAAAAUCAUAGUGUGGCUUUGGGGCUUUGACCCUGCUCCAGUAAAAUCUGUGUAGCUUUGCAGUUUUGCCUUCAGAUUGUGUUGUCUGGCAGCUCCUUUGCCCUGAGGGUAGCAAGGGCCCGGAUGUUCCCCCAGACCCGAGGAGCCCUCUCUGCUUCACACAGCCCGUUCACAACCCUCAGUGAACUCAGGGCCCCCACCCCUCGGCUCCCUUAGAAAAGGAAGUCCUACAGUGGAGCAUGGACCAGGCUCUGCUCACUCCUUUGUUCUCCUCGGACAUCCUCUCCGCUUUUCCACUUUGUAAGACUACCACCACCAUCGCCAACACCAGAGAGAGGCUGAAAGGGCCCUGUGAUGCCAGUAACAUCCACUUUAUUGCGUUGGGGUGGCGCCGACAGCCCGGCUUGAGGCUGAGCCACCCUCACAGGUUGUUGAGCUCCAGCAGGGUCUGGUCAAGAGUCUGGUGAAUCUCCACGUUCUCCUCCUUGGCACUGGCCAAGGUCUCUGUGAGGAGAAGCAGCACGUGAGGAGGGGAGAAGGAGGAGGAGACAGGCUGGGAGGGGGGUGGAGGCACAGGGAGACCUGAGCAUGAAGGGAUCUGAGGAGCCCGAACCAGGGGCAAAUGGAGAGACUGAGACAUACAGGGAGACCUCCCUGAGGGCUUCAGGGGCCUAAGGGUGGGAUGGGGAGGCUGAGUCAUUAACUAAUUUACCUCCUUCUUUGGAAGGUUUAAGAGAGUUGGAAACAGGAGGAAAGACAAAGACUGAGCCAGAAAAGGGUGGGCCAGACAGACAGACAAGACUCAGGCAGAAAACAGAUCUGCAGCGAAAGCCCCAUGUCAGCAUCCAGUGUCUUCCCAAACCUCUCCCCAGACCUCCCACCACCACCUGGCCCUUUCUCAGCACCUCCCCACCUGGCUCCCUGCCAGCCCCCUCUUUCUCCUGGAACUGCAGCAGGGUGCUGUGAGGUCAGCGACGGGCCUGGGUGCCUAGGUGAAUGCAAGAGCAAGGCUCUCAGAGGUGGCAGAGGGCCCACGGGGAUUGACAGGUAGUGUGUGCCCACGUGCAGCAGCAAGACAGUGAUAGACGGGGUGGGGGGUUCUGUGUGCAUUACAGUGUUCUGUGGGUGAGCUCAGUAUGGGGGGGUUGUCACAAGAUUGGGGUUGUCUGCAAAAAAGCCAGGAUCUCUGUGGGAGUGAUGGAAGUGCUCUCUGCAGGGCAGGAAAACAGCACCGAGACCAAGGUGAGUUUAUUAAGCAGCAGAAAGAGGUAGAGGCUGGAGAGUGGAGUGGGUGGAUAGGAGGUUGAAGCAUGAGCCAAGGUGGGCGGCAAGUGCGGUUGGAGCUCUCCAAGGCUGCACCCAGGCUGGCUGCAAGAUGCUGGCCAUUCUGUGCCUCCUCUCUGCCCCCUGCCCACAGAGAGAAUGGAAAGGGAGGAGAGAAUGGGCUGA